ACAAUCACUCAUCUAUUUUCAUAAUUUACAAUCCCAAAACGCUUUGAUCUCAGCUCAACCUCAAGACUGUGGAGACUUCAUAAUGAUGAAGGAUGUUUAUGCUAAGGAUCCAUGGUUGUUGGACCAUCCCAACAAUUCUUUAUUCAAGGAAGACGAAUGGUACUACUUCUCGACAAGGACUCAGAUCUCUGAGAAGAAGAUUGGUCGUGGUAAGUACCCGAAGCGGAAGAUCACCGGAGACAACGACGACGGCAUCGACCGCGGGAACUGGAGGAUAAAUAGGAAAGAAAAUAUCAUCGACGAGGAUACAGGGGCUAUCAUUGGGAUCAAGAAAAAUCUAACUUAUAAGGGCACCAACACGAACAAGAAACAGAAGAGAGGAGACGGUGCUUCUUCUCCAGGCAGCGAAAGCGGCUGGAUUAUGGACGAGUUUGUAAUUUUGUUACCGGAACCGGACGAUGAUAAGUUUCAGGAGCUAGUCCUCUGCAAGAUUCACAAGAAAAAGAAGAAGGACAAGAAGGAUCAUCAGCAUGAGUCUCCUUCUUCUUCCUCAGAGCAGCAGCCGAUCAAGAAAAGGAAGUCCAAGAAGUCCAAGAAGGAGCAUGAGUCUGUUCUAGCUGCGUCUUCCGAGCAGCAGCAACCAUUAUUAUGCAGUGGUAAUGAAUCAGAGAUUCCGAAGAUAGCAUCAUCUCCUUGUUCUGCUGCGGAAACAGAGAGAAACGGGGAGCAGAGUGGAGAAGGAAACAUGGUUAACCAAACAGACGUACUCGCAACAGAGAAGAAUGCCAUGGAGAUGACACGGGAAGAAGAAGGAGAUUGGAUUGCCGAUAUGUAUGAUAUAUUUGUAAACCACCAAUAUCGUGACAUGAUGAUCAAUAACGCGGAUCAACCAACAAUAUCCAUUCCUCCAGUAGAAUACCCUUGGAUUUGAGAAUCAGUGGACAAGCCGAUGAAUCAGUAUGAAGCUCUCUACUUCAGGAAAACCGUUCAACGUUCUUGAAGAAAAAGAUACCGUAGUUAAAUUUUCUUUAUUCUAAGUUUGUCGUGAGAUGAUGACUCUGCUACAGACAGUUAAUUUGUUUAGAUAUGGUAUAGCUUAAGGUUCUUGUUUGAAUAGCUCAUGGAGAAAUUUAUGUUUCGAUUAUCCGAUUGAAUAUUACAUUUUUUCAGCAAAUAAAAAGUAUACAUUCUUUCUAAGAACAAUAUAGAAAUAAUAAAGGCUUUUAGCGUUCAAGCAUAUCUGUGAAGUAUCGUUUGAUGAAAAGGACAAUGUUUUGUCAUUGUCUUAAUUCGUCAAAGUUAGCAUUAACAGAUGCUUGGGAAGGAAGUAACGUCUUUUUCUCGAUUAAAAAAUGAUUUAUUUUGUGAUAAUUUGGCUUGAGAUAAUAUCUAAGUCAUCGGAAUGAGGCUACUUCGCUCCAAAUAAUAUGCAUAAUCUCUUUGUUCGUUCUAUAUUGGUUCAAUUCUCUGGGUAUUCUUCAUUACAUUCUUCUGUUUUCUUUGUGGUUUGUUUAUUGCUCAAAGACUGUAUCGCUUAUUGUUCUCGCAAAGUCAAUCGUCAGAAAGAAUCAAAGAAUAGCUCAUCGUUAGAUGCUUACAUGCACAUAAAAAUCCUACUAAAAUUAUAGUGAGAAAGAUGUAAACAUAAUGUUUCGCUUAGUUUUAGAACCUUUCAUGAAUAGAUCAUA